AUGGCCACCACCACCACCAUGACUACCACCAAUACCACCACCACCACAAUGACCACAACCCCUACCAUCCCCACCACCACCAUAACCACCACCACGGCCACCACCACCAAUCAAAGCCUUUUGUUGUGUAAAGGAACACUGACAUGCACUGCCACAUUUCUUAAACUUAAGAGUCUACCUCCUAAAAUUGAAAAUCUUUUGAAAGAGUUUGAGGAUAUAUUCCCUAAGGGAGGGCCAAUUGGGCUUCCUCCUUUUAGAGGAAUUGAGCAUCAAAUAGAUUUAGUGUCUGGGGCAAGUCUUCCAAAUAGACUAGCCUAUAGGACAAAUCCUCAAGAAAUAAAGGAGAUAGAGUCUCAAGUGCAAGAAUUGUUGGAGAAGGGUUGGGUUCAAAAGAGCCUUAGUCCUUGUGUCGUGCCUGUUUUGUUAGUGCCUAAAAAGGAUGGAAAGUGGAGAAUGUGCUGUGAUUGUAGGGCUAUAAAUAACAUCACAAUCAAAUAUAGGCAUCUAAUCCCUAGGCUUGAUGACAUGCUUGAUGAGUUGCAUGGGUCCCUUAUGUUUUCUAAAAUUGAUCUAAAUAGUGAUUAUCACCAAAUAAGAAUCAAAGAAGGUGAUGAGUGGAAAACUGCUUUUAAGACCAAAUUUGGACUAUAUGAGUGGUUGGUGAUGCCCUUUGGGCUUACUAAUGCACCUAGCACAUUCAUGAGGUUAAUGAAUCAUGUCCUUAUACAGUGCAUAGGAAAUGUAGUUUUCUUAGGUUUUGUUGUGAACAAAAAUGGGGUCCAUGUUGACCCUACAAAAAUAAAGGCCAUACAAGAAUGGCCUACUCCUACAAGUGGCCAACACAAGUUGAAUAAAAGGCAUGCUAAGUGGAUGGAAUUCUUAGAACAAUUUCCUUAUGUGAUAAAGUACAAGAACGACAAAAGUAAUGUGGUGGCUGAUGCCUUGUCUGGAAGGCACACCUUGUUUUCAAAAUUGGGAGCCCAAAUUCUUGGAUUUGAUCACAUUCCAGAAAUGUAUGUUCAAGAUUCUGAGUUUUCCUCUACUUAUGUUGAGUGUAUAGAACGACCUCAAGGAGGUUUCUAUGUGAAUGAGGCGUAUUUGUUUAAAGAAGGAAAAAUUUGUAUUCCCCAAUGUUCACAAAGAAAACUCCUUGUCCAAGAAACACAUGAAGGGGGAUUAAUGGGUCACUUUGGGGUAGGAAAAAUAUAUCCAGUAUUUCACAUCUCCCUAUUGAAGAAGUUUCAAAGGGCUAUUAAUCAACCAUACCUCCCCUUGCCACUCAUAACAAAUGAAUGUGGUCUUGUGAUGUUGCCAUAUCGGAUUUUGGAUAACCGUGUCAUUAAACAAAACGACAAAACUAGUUUGGAUGUGUUGGUUCAAUGGGAUUCAUUGUGUGAUGAUGAUAACACUUGGGAAGAGAUUGUAGAGUUCAAGAAGGCCUAUCCUCAGUUCAACCCUGAGGACAAGGUUACUGUCAAAGGGGGGAGUAAUGUAACAGUCGCAUUAGAAAAUUUGAAGGGCAAGGAAAAGUUUGUUGAGCCUAUAAACCACGUGUCAGAGGGAGGUGUACAUAGGAGCACACGUGCCAGAAAGGAAAAUGCUAAAUGGCGUGAUUUCAUAGUGGAAGGUUAA